GUUGAAAUAAACCGUUCGUUCAUUUAGUUCAAUGCCCAUCCCUACCAGCAGCUUCUGUCAAAGUUGUUUUUACUUUAUGUUUAUUUAAGUUCUGAUUGAAUUAAUAUUUUGCCCGAAUGAGCGACAAAUGAAAGAAGAUAGUAACUUUCAAUAAAUGUGCGUAUUAAGUUACUUUUUACCUAUUUAUUACGAAACUCAAGUGAAAUAUUGGUGCUAAAUUAUACAGGCUUUCAACAAAAACGUUAACCGUUCACAAUGUCUUCAAAAGAUUUGAACGCAUUUCUAAAAGCACUAGAUGUUGUAAAGCAAGACUACACUUGCGGAUGUUGUUCUGAACUGUGCAGGGAUCCAGUCAUGCUAAGUAAAUGCUUCCAUAUUAUUUGUUCCGAACAUUCUUCAACUUUGAAAAACUGUCCGAUAUGUAACAUUACCUUAGAAGGAUGUAAUACAUUUUCUGACCAUCGAAUAAAGAAAUGUGUUGAAUCUGCAAAGGAAUUGGACAUUGUUUUUAAUAAAUUCAAAUCAAAAGGUCAUAAAGCUACAGUCGAGUAUGAUCUUACAAAAGGUAAUACUUCUAAAAAUAUAUCGGACAACAAGGAAGAUAAUACAAGUGUUAAAAAAAUUACAAGGAAAGCAAGCAAACACAUACUUUCUGAUAAAACAAAUAAGGCUACAAAAAAUGAUCUGGAUUCUUCUUUAGUGUCCAGUUUGAGUUUAAAAGCAGCGGAGAAACGGAAUCACAAGGGUGAAACUAUGCUACAUAUAGCAUGUAGACUUGGUAAAGUAGAGAAAGUUAUUGACUUGCUUAAAAAUGGGGCUAAUUCUAACACUAAAGAUAAUGCUGGUUGGACACCAUUGCAUGAAGUAGUUCAAAAUGGCCGAUUAGAUCUUGUGACACUGUUGCUUCAAUACAACACUUUAAUUAAUGUGCCAGGACCAAGUAAUGAAACUCCUUUACAUGAAGCUGUAAGAUAUAAUCAUGUGGAUAUAGUGAAAGAAUUGGUACAGAAUGGAGCUGAUAUAAAUUCAAGAAACUGCAAGGGUGAGUCACCAAUUCAGCUGGCUAACGAAGACAUGAAGAAAGUGCUGUUGACAGCAGCUAGUAAUGUAAUUCAGACCCAAACUGUAAAUAUAACACAUAUGUCUGAAUUACAUUCUGAAUUAGAUUUUGAUGAUAUUAGAGUGUUUUGUUCUUCAGAGCAACGUUCAAUAAUUAAUAAACUAAAAUUAUUAUCAAAGCACCAUUCAAAUUUAAAUAUUGAAGCUAAAUUUACUAAAAAAGUCACUCAUUUGAUUGUGGAAACUGAUGAUAGUGGUAUCUGUACCUCUAGCAUUGAUGUACUGCAGGGUAUUGUGUCUAGUGUGUGGAUACUAUCCUCACAAUGGGUCAUGAAAUCAUCAGAAGAGAAAUUAGAACCAUUUAAUAAUUAUGAAGUAAAUGGUGUCGGUUCAAAAGUGUACAAUGGCCCUAAGAACUCCAGAUAUAAUAAAUACAAACAAUUACCUGGAAUCUUCAAUGGCUGCCAUAUUUAUCUGCACAAUUUUAAUACUAGAUAUGAAAUAACAAAAUCUAUUGUUGUUACAAAGGCAAUUUUAACAAAAUUAAUUAUGGAUGCUGGGGGUAUUGUUCUCAGAAGAGUACCAAAUCCAGAGUCAAUACCAGAAUCAGAAAAAUUAAUCCCAUAUCAUGCUCAAAAAGAUGGUAAACUGAGUAAUUGUGCUCACUAUAUUAUUUUCAAAGACCUUUAUGAGCCAAUGUAUAAUAUGCAACAUUUAAAAGCAUUGCCGGUUGGGUGGCUCAUUGAGUGUAUUGAAAAAUAUGAAUUAUGUGAACCAAUAGCUUAUAGUUAUGUUUAAUUAAUUGAAAACAUACCCAAAACUUAAAAUGUAAUGUGCCUAUAAAAUAUUGUGAUAAUUAUCUUGAAUAGUAAUUGCUGACUCAGAUUGCAAGUUUCUUUAACCAAUUAUACAUAUCAAAAACACAAAUUGUUUAUCAUUUUCAUAGGUCCAGUGGGACUUUUCAUGUACACAGGGAUAUAGCAGGACUUUCCAUCAAACCCAAAGAAAAAGAUAGAAGAUAAACCUAUGCUUUCUCAAUGUUGUGAUUAAUAACCCCGCAGGUCACAUGUUAAUAUCUGUUAGUGUGAUUCAGAGUCAAGUAGGGACUGUGUAAACUCCUAAAAAAAUUUAAAAAACUUUCAUAAUUGAAAAAAACUUGAAAAAAAAAGGUCAAAUUGAGAACCUCUGUUUGCCCUCUAAUGGAUAAGAUUUGAAUGUUUGUACCUUCUUCCUCUGGCUUUUAUCCCAGUUGCAUUCUCACCACUCUUGAGAGGAGCCUGGGGUAUACCUUUGACCAUUGGCCCUGGUGGGUGAGUGUUUUUACACGAAGUGACUCCCAUCUGACUUCCACAACCUUUGCAGGUUUGUUCCCAAUGGGAAUUUUUUUCCCAUUGAGUAACACUGUUACACAAUGGCACUUGUAUUCCCGAUCAGUAACACUGGUUAAGAAUAUUUUUUAUAAAAGCAUAUCUAAUGUUUGUUUAAUUAGUUCUUAAUUGAAAAAGAAUAAGACAUGUAACGAAUUAGUGUAGAAAAUAUAUAUAUUGUAGUCUUCGAUCUUAUCUCUUUUUGGCCAUCCAGUUCCACGAAAACUAUUACUGGGUUCAAUUAAUUCAGGUAAGUAAAUGACGUCACUUAAUAAACAAUGAAAAACAUAAGCGAAUGGCCACUUUUUGCUAAAAUAAAUAACCAAUGGGGUGGUCAAAACAAAAACAAACCAAUACUUGUAUAUAUAUAGGUACUUAAUAAGGGAAUUUCCGACAUUGUAGGUAUAU